UCUGCGCAUACAUCGCUUUUACUGAUCCAUCUGGUGAAAUUAGAAUACAUUAGAAAAAAGAAGAAUCGGUCAAAGGCGCAGGAAAGUCUUUCUGCAACUACGCUUGGCUGUAAAUAACUUGUUGAAUGAGCAACUCGUCCCAGGAGCCGAUUUAAAUGAUGCUGUCCGCUGCAAAAACCACAAUUGAGACGAGAUCAAGCUACGACAUCUGACAGCCACUGACUUAUGAGGAAUGUCCCUUCUCUCUGCACAUCACAUCUGACCGUUAGCUGACCCUUCCAUCAACACCCAACACUUGUGAAGAAAGCUCCCUCGUUGACGCACCUCAUCAACCGGGCAGAAGUGGCAGCAAUCAAAGACAACAUAACUAAAUGGGGGCGAAUCGUUGCCUGAAGAUGCUCACGCAAAAGUAGCACCAUGCUGCCACAGUUCCCAAAUGCACCAUUUGGUUCAAAGCUUCAGUUCAUUUAGAAAAUCCUCAGCGAUAUUGUCAUUUUCUGUGACGAAGCAGCUGCUGUAAAGACAGAAAGAAGAAGUUCCACAGAGACCAUUCAGAACGAGAUCAGCGAUGCUUUGGCCCGUAUUGUUCACUCUGCAAGCUGUGUGCACCAGCGUGACACAUACCAUGCAACAUUACCCGGCUGCCUGGGGACACUAUGACGUGUGCAAGUCCCAGAUCUAUACAGAGGAGGGCCUGGCGUGGGACUACAUGGCCUGUCAGCCAGAAGCCACCGACAUGACAAAGUACCUGCGAGUGGCCCUCGACCCCCCAAAUAUCACGUGUGGAGAUCCGCCAGAAACGUACUGCGCUUUGGAGAAUCCUUACAUGUGCAACAAUGAAUGUGACGCCACCACUGAGGAGCUGGCUCAUCCUCCAGAGCUGAUGUUUGACUUUGAGGGUCGCAACCCCACAACGUUUUGGCAGUCCUCCUCAUGGAAGAAAUACCCAAAGCCCCUCCAGGUGAACAUCACGCUGUCGUGGAACAAAACCGUCGAGCUGACUGACGACAUCGUACUGACCUUUGAGUCGGGCCGACCGGAGCAGAUGGUCCUGGAAAAGUCCCUCGACUACGGCAGGACCUGGACCCCGUACCAGUUCUACGCCACUGACUGCCUGGACGCCUUCACCAUGGAACCCAAGACAGUCAAUGACCUCACCCAGCGCACUCUGCUGGAUAUCAUCUGCACUGAGGACUACUCCCGAGGCUACGUGUGGAAGAACGACAAGACGGUGCGCUUCGAGAUAAAGGACCGCUUUGCCCUCUUUGCCGGGCCUCGGCUACACAACAUGGCCUCGCUGUACGGCCAGCUGGAUACCACCAAGAACCUGCGGGACUUCUUCACCAUCACCGAUCUGAGGAUUAAGCUGCUGAAGCCGGCCACUGGAGCCACCAUGGUGGAUGAGAAUAACCUGUCCAGAUACUUCUACGCCAUCUCUGACAUCAAGGUGCAGGGCAGGUGCAAGUGCAACCUGCAUGCCAACAGCUGUGUGUUUGACAAGGGGAAGCUGGGCUGUGAGUGUGAACACAACACCACAGGGCCAGACUGCAGCCGCUGUAAGAGGCACUACCACGGAAGAGCCUGGAGUGUGGGCUCCUACCUCCCUAUACCCAAAGGAACAGCAAAUAUAUGUAUCCCCAGUAACCACGGACCAGUGCAUCGAGCAAAUGCUUCAUCUCUUGGUGUUGCAAAUCGUAAUCAAGCUCGGGUGUGUGACAACGCAAUGCUGCGCUGUCAGAACGGUGGCACUUGCCACCAUCAUCAGCGGUGCCAUUGUUCCCUCGGUUUCACCGGCGUCCUGUGCGAGAGAGCUCGCUGCCAGGGCCCGGGGGAGUGUGACGACCAAUUGUCUGGACGGGACUCCUUCCAUCAUCCCCCCAUCAGCCGCCAGCUCGCUCUUACCCUUGUAGUGCUCCCGCUAUUGAUUGUUUCCCUUUGCUGAGGGACCUGAACGGCCUCCCAUCCUCAACCAAAACCCUAAGACCACAUAUGUUGAGACUGAAGUCUCGACCUUAAAAAGGACAUAAAAGGACAAUGGAUGUGUGGACAAUGUGCUCAGCAUACAAUAUAAGCAACUCUUUUGUAUAUCCAAGGCCACAGUGGUGGGUGACAGUGUUACUAGUGCGCCAGCGUGUGCACUGAUGGGUUAUUCUGAAUGCUAGACGGAUUUAGGAAAGGCUUGGUGGAGUCAAUGCUGUCUUAUAAUGUCACAGAGGAAGCGGUUGGAGCUAUCGCUUUGUGAUUAUGUCAUUGGCUGCUACUUAAUUAAAAAAUGCAGACUGGAGACCCGGAUAGAGCUACGCACACUCUGAGAGCAAACUGUACAAAACUAGACACAUGAUUUGUAAGUAUCAUCAUUAUUAAAAAAAUAAUAUUGUGGACGGGGACAUGUUAAAACAUCUGGCCUCACUGCCUCCUUCCUUCCCUGCUACCUUCUUCUCUCCUUACCUCCACUCUUCCCCGUUUCCUUCACCUCCUCCCCCCUGUGCUUCGGUGUCUCUGGUGAUUUUACUUUGCUGAAGGGUGUCUGUUGUUUUGCCAAAUGCUGCACAUGUAUUAUUAUCAAGCCCCUUGACGAGUACAAUCUGGUACUUCUUCUUUUUUUCAGAGGCUUUGUAGUCAUGCUUGAGCUCACCUGUACGGGGCAUACAAAGUUGUAACAUACUGUAACUGUAUUUAAUUUUUGUAUAAAAACAGAUAUUUUCAUGACUACGCAAAAACAGAAAGAUGUAUUACUUGUUUUCUAUUGCUGCCGACGUGUCCUAGAUGUGGACUAUGAGUGCGCAAAGAGUUUGGUUGUAUUAUUUCUUUGCUUGUGUGGCACAUGGUUCUCUUCAUUUGAGAGCUGCUGUCAAAACUAUGUUUACAUAAACACUUACAGAAUACACUUCCACCAAAGGGAAAAAGAAAAAAACAUGUCUUUGUCUUGUUGUUGAAUAGUAGUAAUUUUAUUAAGUAGAAACAUGGGAUUUGGGACAAGAUGUAUAGCGUGAAACAGUGUAUUGUUUGUAGAUAUAGGUUCAAGCCAAUGACAAUACCUGAAUGUCAUUUUCAAGGAUUUCUAAAUGCCAACCGUGGACCUAUUCGCUGAAGCAACGGUUGCUGUUCUCUGACUACAGAUGUGUUUUCUAAUGUGUAGUAACCAUCCUUGUUGUGCUCAUGAAACGUAAAACAAAAUGAGAAUAAUCACAAGCUAAAAUCCCAUCUGCUUUAUGUAAAUUUAACAAGACGACUUCGGGGGUGGGGGGGGAGAAGAAGAUUGAACGGCUGUCGCGGAGGUUGUCCAGCUCAAAUCUGUAAUCAAAUCUAAUCCUUGAAUCAAAUGGAAAGAGGGGAAGGUUUUCUAAACCGGUACGGUUAAAAGCCUGCGUCCUGCUGCGGGAGUCUCCGAGAAGCGACACGUUCAGGAAAUGAGCUUUAAGUCGUGGAGGGUCAAUGAAUAGAAAUGAAGUCGCAUCCCACUGGGUGACAUACGGAGCACUGAGACCAAUUUCAUUUGAGAGAUUAAUUUCCUUACCGAGGUUGUCAUGAAACACUUAAUUGUGUUAGAGUCUACUGUAAGUGCCUCUCAUUAAAUGACACUGUCGA